AUGGCUUCAGACUCGAACAAACCCCUCACCUUCUCCCUCGCCGGUCGCUCGCUCAAACUCGACACCCAAGAAGACAUCGAACCCCACCUUAAACCUCUAAUCAAGACCACGACCUUCACGCACAUUGACCUUUCAGGCAACACCCUCGGCGUCCCCGCCUCAGCCCACCUCUCCACCCUCCUUUCUUCCCAAACCUCCCUUACCAGCAUAAACCUCGCCGACAUAUUCACCUCACGCCUCCUCUCCGAGAUCCCCGCCGCGCUCUCCUCCAUCCUCACUUCCCUCGUCGCUCUCCCAAACCUCCAUACCAUCGACCUCUCCGACAACGCAUUCGGCCUGAACACCGUCUCGCCGCUCGUCGAAUUCCUCUCCAACCACAUUCCCCUCCAGCGACUGAUCCUGCAAAACAAUGGCCUUGGUCCCGCGGCGGGGGCGAAGGUCGCAGAAGCACUGAGAGGUCUCGCCGGAAAAAAGGAGGAGAGGAGGAAGUCCCAAGGGAGUGGGGAUGUGCCAGAACUUGAAGUAUUGGUAUGUGGGCGCAAUAGGCUGGAGAGCGGGAGCAUGGAAGCGUGGGCGCGGUGUUUUGAGGAGAACAGAUAUGUGAGGGAGGUGAAGAUGGUGCAGAACGGGAUCCGGCCGGGAGGGAUCGUGAAGCUUUUGACUGAGGGGCUGGGCAGAUGUGACCGGCUAGAGAUCUUGGAUUUGCAGGAUAAUACAUUCACGAUUGAGGGGGCGAGGGCGUUGGGGCAGGUGCUGCCACGGUGGAAAGGGCUGAGGGAGUUGGGUGUUGGGGAUUGUUUACUUGGUACGAAAGGGGCGGGAGUGGUGGCGAAGGCGCUGGGCGAGGGUGUGGAGGUCGUGAGGAUGCAGUAUAAUGAGGUUGAUGCGAAGGGGGUGGGGGAGCUGUUGACUGCGGCGAGGAAGUGCGAGAGGCUGAGACGAGUGGAAAUUAAUGGGAAUAAAUUCAGUGAGGAGGAUGAUGAGGUGGAGGGGUUGAGGGUUUUGUUGGAGAAGAGGAAAGAGAAUAGCGAGGGUGGUGGGGAGGGGGAGUGGGGGUUGGAUGAGUUGAGUGAUCUAGAAGAGGAGAGCGACGAAGACGACGAGGAUAAGGAUGAGGAUAAAGAGGAGAAAGACGAGGACGAGGAUGAUGCGGAGGCUAAGCGGGAUAGAGUAUUAAAGGAGGCUGAUCAAGCAGAAGAUCUAAAUGUGUCGGAGAAGAAGGACGAGGAGGUCAAUGAUCUGGCGGACGCGCUGGGGAAGACGCAUGUUUGA